AUGUGGUCUCCUACAAAACUUCUUGUUCUUAUUAUGUUUUUUGGAAGUGUUGCACACGCUUGUGAUUGUGUGACAGAUUGCACGGAUUGUCCAAAAGGCACUAUAUGUGAACAUAACCCAGUUUGGUGUACAAUUAUAGGCUGCGCUGAUCCUCGCUUUAUAAAUUACUUGUCUACAAGGCCGCCUAGAGUGACAGAAAGGAGUAUAGUUUUAUUCCUCCAGGAAAGGGGAUAA